UUGUAAAAAAAAUCAAAUCAAUGUGGCGGUUUAUGACGACAGGUCCAAAGUUCUACGUAAGACCCUAUAUGAGAAAGAAGAGCAAGCACAUAAGAUUGUGCGUGAACCUCACCAUGAGUACCGACAGUAUUGAGAAGUUGUACAAGAAUUUUGGCAUCCUAGCUGAUGCUAAGGAUAAACUGGCUGAACAUGAAAAGGAAUAUUUGGAAAUUCUGACAGCUGUUAAAGGAUCACCAAAGGAAAAACGUUUGGCAUCGCAAUUUAUUGCAAGGUUCUUCAAACACUUUCCAAAACUAGCAGAUCAAGCUAUAGAUGCUCACUUGGAUCUAUGCGAAGAUGAAGACUUAGCUAUUCGGAAACAAGCUAUCAAGGAUUUACCAGCACUUUGUAAAGACAAUAAGGAACAUACAGCAAGAAUUGCAGAUAUUUUGGCACAAUUAUUGCAAGCUCAGGAUCCUACGGAAUUAGCCGUUGUACAUAACAGUAUUAUGUCACUUAUGAAGAGUGACCCAAAAGGUACUAUAAGUGGAUUCUUCAGCCAAAUUAUUAAUGGUGAUGAUGGAACAAGGGAACGUUGUAUAAAAUUCCUAGCUACUAAACUCAAAGCAAUAGGACAUGAUGUUAUAACGAAGGAACCAGAAGACAUGUUAAUUUCUGAGUGUAAAAAAGUACUACAGGAUGUAACUGCUGAUGAAUUUCACAGUAUCAUGGAAAUUCUUGCAUGGACUAGAUUAGGAUCUACUGUUAGUGGACAACAAGAAUUGGUUGACAUUACAAUAGAACAAGCUGAGUUGUCUAUACCUUUUAAACACACUAAUAUUGAGCAAUGGAACAGGCUAGUCCAAUGUGUUAAACAUGCUCUUCCAUUUUUUAGUUCGCAGAUUGAUUCAUCCAAAUUCGUUUCUUACAUUUGUGUACAAGUUCUACCACACCUCUCUCUGAUAACUUCUCCUGAUGGUAGAGAUAUUCAGUUGGAAUUAUUAAAGUUGCUUGCUGAAUUAACCGUAUUUUGCGGUACGAUUGAGAAACCCGAGGAUAAAGUGCAACAGCUUUAUAACACUCUCAUUACCUAUAUGCCACUUCCUCCAGCUGCAGAUAUUACUGAUGUACCAAAGUUACAGUUUAGUCACGUGGAAUGUUUGAUGUACGCUUUUCAUAAGCUGUGUAAACAAACUCCCGAAUUCCUGAUAAAAGAUGGGGAACAGUUGAAAGAAUUUCGAUUAAGAUUACAAUACUUUGCAAGAGGUAUUCAAGGUUAUAUAAAAAAAUUACGAGAAGCUAUUAGUGGAAAGACUGAGGAGGAAUUGAAAUCUGACGAAAAUCAACUGAAAGUCGUUGCAUUGAAAACAACCAAUAACAUCAAUACCUUAAUCAAAGACCUAUUCCACUCGCCUCCUAGUUUUAAAAGUAUCAUACAUCUCUCAUGGAAAACGCAUUGUAACGACAAGAAGAACGAAAAAAAUUCUACUCAGAAAAGGCACACACCUAUUACAUUUGGAAAUGACAGUAACGCGAAUAAACGUAUCAAAGAAGAUAAGAACAACAAAAGAGAAAUAUAUACGCCUCCUAGCGGAAAAUAUAGCUCAAAUAUAUCAUCCAAUUAUGGGCGAGUUAGAUUUAGAGGUAAUAGAUCUGGAGGAAGAGGUGGAUAUAGAUCAAGAGGCCGUGGAACAUGGCGGAAAAACUUUUAUUAACUACAACACUAAUUUGCAGUAACACACUGAAAACAACUGGAAUAAGACGAUUUAAACGCUUGUCUGGUUUGCAAGAAGAAAGUGCUUUUAAACAAACACUAUCAGAAUACAUGAUUGUAAGUUUGAAAGAAAUGAAUUUGGAUGGUCUACGUCUUUUGAUAAGUCAAAGAACGUAGCAAGAAGCAAAAUGAUUACAAAUAUUAUUGAUAUACCUACUUCGAGUUCGAUUGCAAGAAGGCAUUUGUAAUUACAGCACUGAUAUUUUCACCGUUUAGUUAUUUUAACAUGAACAACAAUCAAAAGCCAGAAAUAUAUAUAUAUGUGUAUAUAUAUAUAUAUACACAUAUAUGUGAAUGCACAAUGAUUAAGAAUGUUGCUACGGAUGAACUUGCUAUAACUAUCCGAUUUUGCGUGAAAAAUUAAUAAUGAUAUCAAUACUGAUGGAAUUAUGUGUAAGGGAGGAAGAAAGAAGAUUUUUCGGAAUGUGAAAAAUUUAUGAAGCUGGUAUUAUUCGAAGAUAUGGGAUAGUAAACCGAUGAAGAGAUGUCCACAAAUAAAGAUAACGAUGGCAAAUUCAAGUUUGAAACCAUGCAACCGUUUGGAGGCAACUGUCGAGGCAUCGAUACAAUGUCAUGGUUAAAGAAGCUUAUGGAAAAAAUGGACGGCUCUUUUCGCGUUGAGAAACUGAACAAACAAAAUAAUGCAAUAAUAUAACCUUGUAUCCAUUCCUAAACUAACCCUCCUCCAUCCAAACUUUUAUAUUUGUUAGUACUUGUCUGUUAACAGGACCAGGCUAUGAACGGAAGGGGUUUGCAUCAGCUGUACAUAAAGACAAUUAAAUCGAAGAAACAUCAGAUAAAUUUCUCAUUUUACAGAAAUACUAAUAUAUGUAGAAUUUGCUAUUUACGUACAAGUCAGACAGACAUAUAUAUUUGCGUAUAUAUUUUAAAUGAAAUUUUAUUUUAAUAAUUACAAAAUUAUUAGUGCAAAUUCUGAUUAAUUUGAAGUAAAUAUAUCUGUGUUUCUUCGAUAAAUGGAGCAGCUAUUAUUGUUGUAUCGCUUUUCUUUUGCAGAGACCAAGUACUACCAAGAGGUUUGGGAAUCGAGGAGUCAGUCGUGCUGUAUCAUUUGUAAAUUCAUGUUAUUUUUAAUUACAGAAAUCUCCUAUGGAUGGGUCUGGAACCAGGAGUAACUUGGAUAAACUAAUUAUUGUUUUUUCAGGCUCUGGUGGCAUAUCUCGUUUCAUAUUUAUUUUUCAUAUAUAUGUUUAUCUCCUUGGUGAUUGCUGUUUUGUGAGGUGAGUUUAAAAAUGUUCUGCCUCCCUUUCCCUAUCCAUUACUACCAUGUAAAAAGACUUUGUUACAUGCAAUUCGUGAAUUUGUUUCUAAUUAUUUCAAUAAAUAACAUUAUUUAACAUCA